AUGGUAAUUUUGUUUUGUCGCUCUCUUUUUCUUUCUUGUCGGGAAAAAAGGAGCAACGAAACCACACCGUCUAUAAUUCAUAAAUUUUGUGAUCCAUUAGAAAACACUACUAAAGAAUGUAUAUCCAAUGUUUCACAGCUCUUUAGCAUUUGGAGAAAAAUUUCUUAUCAGACUUUACAGAUCAAUGACGAAUCCAUAGAAGAUGGUUUUGGACAACUCACAGCUGUUCUUGAAUCUAUCAAAAAAGUUGCGCAACAAAAACGUGCUGAUAUGAAAAAAUCUCUUGCAUCAAAGGAGCAUAGUCCAGAGAAACAGGAGCUGACUAAAGAUCAAGAUCCUGAAUCUCCUCCAAAUGAAUUGGAACAUAUCGUUAAAGGAUUCUUUCGUGGAACUGUUUGUUUGCAUGGUGGUUUUGGCUGGUGGAAAUAUGAAGUUUGUUACGGAAAAACGGUGAUGCAAUACCACUCUGAAAUUGGUAAAAAGCGCGAAAAUAUUUUGUUGGGGGUUUUUGACAAGGCUGUACAUAUGGCUUGGGCCAUAGAGCAUCCAGAGAAGGUUAUUGAGCGUAACGAGGAUGGAAAAGUUAUGAGUGCAACAAACCUUUACACACAAGGCGAUAAGUGUGAGGAGAAUGGUGCUCACAGAUCGUGUGAAGUGCGGAUUCGCUGUAGAGAUGAUAUUGUUUCUCAGAAGGUGUUCAUCUAUAUGCUAGAGCCAUCAACGUGCCAAUACAUAGUGGUGUUGGAAUCAACUAUGUUUUGUGAACCGCUUCAAAAUGUAGACUCUUUCGGGUUAUUAAGAGAGAAUAUGGGCGCCUUGAUCACUUUAGCCCCAACAGAGAUUGAUGAAAAACAAAGUAAGAAAGAGAAUAAAGAUGAUUUAAAUUAG